CAACAAGAGGUAUGUGACAGUCCCGUAUCCGUUCUUGCUAGCAUCUGCAAAGUGAUGCAAUUGAAAGGUCUUGACAUGCCCGAACCCUGCAGGUUUAAUACAUCUACUCACACUGAAGUUUGCAAGUUUAUGCAAAUCUUCCAGCCAGGACAGCCACCUCUUAGCCUUUUUCUCUACAAUAUCCUCAUCCCAUGCUAUUUUCUCUCUAUACAGGUCUCCCAGAAUGAGCUUUGCAGGUUGCACAAAUGAUGCUAGGAACCCAAGAGGAUCGUAAACUGAGCAAACAACUGACAAUAUACCUCUUCUGAAGCACACAUUAUAUUAGCCCCGAAGAGAAGAUUCUUGGUUGAAGAUGCUGAAGAACAAAUAACAGCAGAUUAAGACUCAAGAUCAAGACUGAACAUUUCUGUUGCAUCAAGAUGACUUCUGAAAAUGGCAAAACCGAGGAAGGGGGAAGAAACCCACCUGAUGCCAGUUUAUAUCACAUAGCUAAAGAUUUAUUAGCAUUUUUAAAUGGGUUUGAUUGCUUACGUGAAGCUAAAAAACAGGUUCUAGGGAAAAUUACGAUUAAAACACUGCAUGGACAUUGGAAAGCUGAUGUUAUUGAAGAAGCUUUUAACAUAACAAAAUUAACGGACAAAAAACACCAAGAACACUGGGCUUUUGUGAUAAUGGUGCAGGUGAUGAGAAGUUUAAUUUGUGAUGAAUGUAAACAAUAUCCAGCACAGGAGGAAUCGGGUGUUGCUGCUGGGGGUGUUAAUAAGCAGCAUUCUGGAGGAAGCCGCCAAACAUCUAGCUCUGGGCAAAAAGGUGGUGUCAGUCAGAGCUGCACUGGGACACCAAAUACAGUCCGGAGUCAGAGCACUGGGAAUAAUCCAGCUGAUUCCAAUAGACAUGACAGGCCUGCUGGAGCAUUACUACAUACACAAAAUAAUAACUGUAGGGAAACCAUCUACAUACGUAUCCCACGCUUUUUAAUGAUUCACAAUGAAGAAAGACGAGGAGAACGAUUUGGAAACAUCGAAUCUCACUAUAAAUUAAUAGAUGGAGUUCCUGAAACUGAAAAUAUAUUUGAUGACAUAAUGAAAAAAAAAUCUUACGUCAUGUCCUUCAACCAUCAAACCAGGAAUGCUAACUGGGUGUAUGAGAUACUGAACAGGGAUACUACAGCUAACAAUCAUGUGGAGCCAGCACCAUUUGGACAUAACUAUCACAGAGGUCAUCUCGCUGCGGCUGCCAAUCACAGGUGGUGUUGGGAAGCCCUUGAUGAUGCUGAUGUGAUCGACAACAUAGUACCACAGCAUAGGAAUUUAAACACAGGCCCGUGGCUAACAUUGGAGGAUGGCUGUCGAAGAAGAGCCACAGCUCAAAAUAAUAUCCGCAAUGUCCAUGUGUACUCUGGACCACUUUACCGAAGAUUAAUGGAUCCUCUGAUGAUACAAGGGAAACAGGUGCCAAGCCACUUCUUUAAGGUGAUAAUUGAGGAGAAUGUGGAUGGGACAGUAAAUCAGCCGCAAUACUAUUUGUUUCCCAAUGGGAAUCUCAGAAGGGAUGCAGAUAGGGAUCUCAAUGAGGAAAUUCUAAGAGCAAAUGUGGAAGAACAUAGAAGGAUUAACCAUGGAACAGAUAACGAGAGAGAUAUUACCAUUGAAGACAUACAGAAUGCCACUGGGCUGACUUUCAUAGUCAUCAGACCCAAUGUGGGACAGAAUGCAAUGGCCAAUGAAAUCACAGUGAGAUUGCGUGGAGAAGAUAGAAACAGAACGCAACGUACUGCUGUUAUACAAGUCACAAUAAGCCCAUUAGUUUAGACAAACGCACUCCAUGAUAAUGCUUACAUGUUUCUUUCUUUCUUUACAAAACUAAACAUUAUAUUAUUAUUAUAUACAUAUGACUUGAGCCGUAUAGCACAGAAAAGAAACCAACAAGUGUCCAGCAGAUACAGAAACUUCAAUAUUGUUUAAAAGUCAUCUCAUGUGGAAACAUUGACAUUUUUGAGGACUUUCCUGUUAUUCUAAAAUCCUACUUUAAACGUAUUCUAAUAUGUAUUUAAUUACUUUUGAGUGUUUUGUCAUUUGUAAUUUUCUACACAGAACAUUAUCAGAUGCCAUUUGUAAUUCAUUAAUUAACU